AUGGAAACUGUCGAAGUGGAAAGGCAGCAGGGACCGAAACCGGCCGGAAGAAUGUACGUGAAAGGUGUAUUUGCUGGAUUCCGACGUGCACAACGCAAUCAAAGAGAGCACACUGCACUGCUGAAACUCGACGGUGUGCACAACAAGGAAGCUGCUAAGUGGUAUGUAGGGAAGCGGGCAUUGUAUGUGUACAAGGCGCACAACAAAACCAAAAUAGCCGGAAAGGCACCCAGCCGUGUUCGUGUUAUUUGGGGUAAAGUGACUCGUGUACAUGGUAACGCCGGUACUGUCCGCGCUAAAUUCCACCACAAUUUACCACCGAAGGCUAUGGGAAAUCGAAUCAGAGUGGUGAGUUGUCUGGAUUGUGUAUUAUUUCAUGCUGGUGUUUAG